CUGGCUGCGUUAGCUUCACUGUCAUGACGUUACUCUCCUGGAUGUUUUCUCCACCGUUAAUGAGUGUGGAUACCGGAGACAGACAUCCAUGAACCUCUCCAGUCUCUGACGCAUAACCAACGUGAAGUCAGCUCAGUGUCCACACAGCGAUCCAGAAGGAAGCAGUGACCCUGCCUAACUGACACCCUGCUUCUCCUGAACACCCAACUCUGCCCCCCCACCCCCUAUCCUGGUUUGGCCUCUGUGCAGCCGGCGGUGGAUUGGAGCACUCUGAUUGGAGGAUUUGCGAGGUGGUUUUUCGGUCUGGCGCCGCCUCCCCCCGGGGCCGGCGUGCGCUCCCAGCAGCCCGUGGUGCCCUGUGCCCCCCCCUCCCCAUCACUGCACACCAGAGCCCAUGCCCAGGGAGGAGUCACCGUGCGUCCUCCAGGAGCCAUGUGCCUCCCUCACACCAACAACAUGGACAGCAAGCUACAGGGGGCGGGGCCAGGGGGAGGGGCUUCACUUCGACGCGCAGGAGGCGUUCCACUGGAGCCCUUCAUACACCAGGUGGGAGGUCACACCAGUAUGAUGCGUUACGAUGACCACACAGUGUGUAAGCCUCUGAUCAGCAGAGAGCAGCGCUUCUACGAGUCUCUGCCUCCAGAGAUGAAGGAGUUCACUCCUGAGUAUAAAGGUAUGGUGCUGGUUUGUUUCGAAGGCGACUCUGACGGCUACAUCAACCUGGUGGCCUACCCCUAUGUGGAGAACAACAUGGAGGGAGGGACCGCUGAGCACGAGGAGCGCGACCCCCCGGAGAGGGAGCAGCCGAGGAGGAAGCACUCACGGCGCAGCCUCCAUCGCUCCUCCUCCGAACACAAGGACGAGCGACCCGACAGGAGGGAGGCGCAUGACACAGACACCUCUGAAAAUCUUGCAGAGCUGAAGAGUCCCAGGCUUGACCCAAAGAUCCACUCAGAUGUUCCCUUCCAGAUGUUGGACUGGAACAGUGGUUUGAGUUCAGAGAAGAUCAGUUACAACCCCUGGAGCCUCCGCUGCCACAAACAGCAGCUCAGCCGCAUGAGAUUGGGUAAAGAUCAGGGAUGGUUCGCUUGUCAGACCGACUGCUCCUUAACGGCAGUGUUUCAACCAGAGUUCCUGUUGUUGGAGAAUGUGGUUCACCACUUCUCUUACCCCUGCAUCCUGGACCUGAAGAUGGGCACCAGGCAGCAUGGAGAUGACGCCUCUGAGGAGAAGGCGGCCAGGCAGAUGAAGAAAUGUGAACAGAGCACCUCAGCGACGCUGGGAGUCAGAGUUUGUGGCAUGCAGGUGUACCAGAUGAACACUGGUCAGUACCUCUGCAGGAACAAGUAUUAUGGCCGCGGUCUGUCAAUUGAAGGCUUCCGCCAGGCCCUCUACCAGUACAUGCACAACGGAAAUGGUCUGAGGCAGGACCUCUUUGAGCCAAUCCUGAAUAAGCUUCGCAGCCUGAAGGCGGUGCUGGAGAGGCAGGCGUCCUAUCGCUUCUACUCGUCUUCACUUCUCAUCAUCUAUGAGGGACAGAAACCUGAGGGCCCUUCAGUCCUCAGCUCUGGGCAGCAUGCAGCCUCGCACCAGAAGACUCCUGCAGCCACUGGAGAGCCCCGCUGUGUCCCCGGGCCCCAUGCACCUCCGGCCCACGAUGCUCCCUGUGAAACGGACAUGAGCCGGAAGCCAGACCCACGGUCACUGUCCUCUCAGGGUCCUGGACUGACGGCUCCACCCUCCCCAUCCCCUCGUCCUUCCCCAAAGGCCCCGCCCACCAAGUCAGACUGCCACGCCUUCGUCCCCCCUCUCUCCUCGCCUCACCCCCAUCCAGACUCCUCCUCCUCUCCUGCUCCCAGCUUACUUCCCUACCUCCCUCCUCCCGCCCCUCAGCCCCAGCAGCCCCCCCUGGUGGACGUACGUAUGAUCGACUUCGCCCACUCCACCUUCAAGGGUUUCCGUGGUGACACGGCGGUGCACGAUGGGCCGGACCGGGGCUACGUGUUCGGACUGGAGAGCCUGGUCCAGAUCCUGGAGAGCCUGCGGGACGACAACCUGCCAUAGCUCCGAACACACACACACAGACACGCACGCACACACGCACACACACACACACACGCGCACACACACACACACAGACAGCUUGUUGUUAGUUCAGGUUGUGCCGCCGUGUUUUCAGCAGCUGUGAGACAGUCUAGCUGUAAAUAUUGAACAGGGUCCUUCAGCACGUCACCAUGGCAACACAGGCAUCCUACAGUUGAGUAGUUACUAUAGCAACAGCCAAGAGGUGGGACAGUGGGAGCCCAAAUGGCCGCAACUUCAAGCUGAUAUGGAGACACAACACACAUACAUGUUUGUACUUCUAUACUUGUGAGGACCCUAAUAGUCAUAAUGCAUUCCCAAGCCCCUAAACUUAACUAUUACAACUAAAUGCCUAACCACAACCUUCACCCCAAACUGACCUCUAUCCUUAAAGUUCCCCUACACUCGACAACGUAUUUUUCUUAUUCAGUUGGAUGUGCAGAAUGAUGUAUCUGCAGGGUUUGACACUAGAAUGCUGUUUUCACAUUUGUCUGCUGAAGAGGGGAAGUUUCUCUGUGCUCACCUUAACUCUGAGUUUAACACGUGUACAGACAAGCGUCACAGUUAGUUUGGGAGCCAGUCCUGGUCUUGAGUGAGGAUGUAUUCUUUAGUGACAUCAGAUGUUUGCAUAUUCCUGGAUUCAGGAUUUUCCAAUCAGGGACAAAGAGUAGAUUUUAAUGAGAUCACUUUUUAGAGAAAAAACAUACUUAUAUACAUAUUUUUAUAUGACUUAAAACAUGUCUGGAGGGGAUGUUUUAAACUCAGAUUUAAGGUGAGCACAGACAAACAAACGUCAGUAGAUGAAGGUGAAAACAGCCUUCUAAUAUCAAACAUGCGUCUUUCUGCAGCUCAAACAUCCAAAUGAGUAGAAAGCAAAACACAUAUGAGUGGAGGAGGUCUUAAACUGUAACAUCAAGUCAAACUUUGACGGAUCUAAGGGAACAUCCAAACUGUCCUCACUCACAAGGUCCUUAACUCUAAUUGGUCCUCACCAAGAUAGACGAACAAGAUCACACAGACACACUCAAACUCACACACAUCCUGGGAACAGUUGUCUGUGGAGCUGUUUGACAGCACAGCGGGACAGAGCGUCUUCUCUGAACGACCAAUCAACUGGAUCCCAGGGGCUGCCCACCCCCCGACCACAGCUCCUCUCCUCGUCACUCCUCUUUCUCUACAGAAUCCAAACCUGGACAGGUGAAUAGAGUAUUUUGAAAACGCACUCAGAAUCACAUCCAAGCAUCUGUUAAAGCAAUAGAUGGCAACGAUAGACCGCAACUAUUUUCAGCAGUGCAGAGGGCAGCAUCACCCACAGGGAGAACGGCGAUAAAGUGCAACAGAAAUUUGCAUCAUAGAAGUGGGAUUUAAGAAGAGAAUAUAGAUCAUUUCUAAAACGCUGUGUCCUUUUUGGGGGGCUUAAUUCAAAAACAUUAGUAGUUGAUGUCCUGUAAAAUCAUCCUCUGGGUUAUUGUGUAAUAUCGAAAGCAUAGGUGUUUCUCCCCCAAUUCUGGUCUGGAGAUAUUUUUCUUACUGUCAACACAUCCAGUGAAAAGACCCAAACCAAUACACACUUAAUCCACAAACAAGUAUUAUCUGUGCAUCAAUCUCUGAUAUAUCUUAUUCCCCUGGGCCACAGAGCUCCAUUAUUAUCCAAAAAGUAUUAAAAACACAUCAAGUGAGUCAUUUUGUUGCACAUGACAUGACUUGUACCUUCAUUACCGUGAAGACACACUAUAGUCUAUUAUGAUUCCAUCCCAAAUACAUCAUCCUGCUGCAGUAAAAUAAUGCCUUAGCUCUAUUGUCAUGCAAUUGUAGCUGUUCUAAAUUUUAAAAGCUUUAAAAACGUUUUGUCCAUGUUAGCCUUUAAAGAUCAAAUCUCCAGAGCUACUAAUUGAUGUUUCCCUUUGCUGUUUCCAAGUCAUGAAUGAACUUUCAAAUCAUUACUUAUAAGCCAAAAAUGACAAGAAGUCCUUAAAGUGCUCAGAAAAGAGUGUUUGAUAUGAUCAAAAUCUUCAGAAACAGCUACUUAAUGGACUUGUGUAUGGAUUGUUUUGUCAACUAUACAUUUGUGAGCUAUUCUUAAAGUUACAGAAAUUUCAUAAAGUGUUGAGAAACAGACACAUUGUUGGUUUGGGUCUUUUCAUGGGAUUUGUUGACAGCAGAAAAUUACAGAAUAAAACCAGCCUUGUUCUUUAGGUUUUGGCUGGGUGAUAUGGUUGAAUGACAAGAGUAUUUAAUAAGAAAGAAUAUUUUCUUACUUAUAUUAUAUACAUAUAUGUGAUAAAAUCACAAUGUGGCAAAAAUGCGCAAAAUCACACAAAAUAAUCAAAUUAAUGCUCAUUGCAAUGAACUGUUAUUCUUGAAAUCAGAAAAAAACUACAAAUUUUGCCAGAUUUCUUCUUAGAAUCAUUCAUUUGGACAGGAUUUUGUGAAACGUGAUGUUUUUAAAUCAUCAUGAUCAAUUCCACUGGAUGUUUUUAAACUGUUGAAUUAUUCCCCAGCCUCAAAUGUGUCACAUACACACAAAGCAUACAGUCCAUCAUCGUGUAACUGUCAACAGAAACGGCCACAGUGUCUCAUUUGAAGAUUUUAAGGUUUGUCUCAUCUAAUUGGUCCUGAUGAGAGUGUUAGCCAAUCACAUUUGUCCAUUUAUGCUUCCUUCAACAAGUUCCAGAGGCCAGCUGUGAAGCAGCACCGCCCCCUGCUGGACAGCAACAGGAACUCAACCCCAGGAGCUGGAAUAAGAGAGCAAAUAUGAAUAUUUUAUUUUUGGUUUAUUGAGGUGAUAAUUUAUUUUUUUAUUGUACCUUAACCCUAGAGUGGGUAAAUGUUUUGUCUUUGACAUGUCUCCACCCCAAAUGUAUAAAAUGUAAAGAAAUUAAGUGCAUCAGAGACACAAUGUGUGAAAUGUCAGGAGAAUACGCAGUAUUAAUUGAGCUAACUGAAGUCUGUUUUAUUUGCUGCUCGCUCGACUUCAGUCUCAUACUUGAGUUGAGUAUCAGACAAAACCACAUUGUGUUUCAUGACGAAAACUGUUGCAGCAAAUCCAGACAUCAGUCAGCUCACUAAGCCCAAAACUUGUGCCUGCUGUGGAGUUAUUGCUCAGGUGGGAAGCUCAAUUGAACGUGUGCGUUCACGCACGUGAGUGUGUGUGUGUGUGUUAGUACAGGGAUAGACGCCAUCUUUAGUCUUUGGUUUGUUUCACUUCACAUUUAACAAGUUGGUAAAGAACUGCAUGCACAUUAACGUCCUCCUGUUCGGGUCAGUUUUCACCACAGCGACAAACAUUCUUGUUACAGUCAUCACAGGGUGUAAAGCAGCCAUGGUUCAUGUGUCCUCUCAGAUCAUGAUAUUUCAUCAUAUUAGCCUCAAUGAUCAGUUAUUCAGCAGCAUUUUCUGCAUCUGACUGCAUCCUGACUGUUUGUUAGAACAGUAAAAGUAAGUGAGAUUAAAUCUUUCCAGAAGCUUUUGGGCUCAUGUUGUAAUUGCUGACCAUAAAAAGUCAUCCAGCUCUGCCCGACAGGUGAAUCCUGCUGCAGCACAUGGUCAUGUGAAAUGGUUUUGAUACAGCACUGCUAGGUCUCUCCAGUCGGCAUUAUAGUGCAGAAAAUCUCAGUACACAUUCACUAAUAGCCCCUUUUGACCAAAUAAUAAUACAGAGUCAAAUUUAAGUCCAAUAUUCACUCUCUUAGCUUUGUUUUUGAGCCAGUCACUAACUGGCUGUCGGCUAUUUGUUGCUGAGGGGAGAGAGUGAAUCAAAAUAGUAAAUUUGCAGCCGGACAGAUAAACAAUGAGCUGAAACUCAUUUUAAAGUUCCACACAGUUGAGGGAAGCUGCAGAUUCAGGUGAUGAUCUGUAGUGACCCCUUUCACUUUGGGUGAUUUUAUACAUUGUCAUUAUAAAAAUAUAAAUUAUAGCCACUUCAAUGUCACAUUCCUCUGCGUUUUAUCACAUACGGAACCGUAAAGUUUAGGAAAAUGUGACUGACAGAUUAAAAUGGCUUAUUUGAGGCUUUUUUAAAAACUUGUUUAGACAACAACACAGUUAUAGUGUUGGUUUUUCAGACUAUUGUUAGUGUCUGCGCUUGAAAUUGAGGACAGUGAGAUGUAAAGAGAUUGAAAAGGAGCAAGUUAUAAGGAUCUGCUGACUGUUGUUUCUAUUUUAGUAGGUAAACUGUUAAUCUAAGCACACCUACCUGUCAGUAGGUGGGCUACAUUAAUGUCAAAUUUCAGUAACAUUCAAAUAUAUAUCUUCAGAUUUUGAGCUGUUGGAAACACGACAUUUUGGGACGUCACGUUGAGCAUUUUUCACAAAGUUUCUGACAUUUUAUAUUUUUUGCUGGAGCAGUUUCCAGGCUUCAAGCAUUCAGAACUGCAGAUUCUGCCCUGAUAGUUCCUGGACCAUCAAAAAGUCCUUGUUCAGGCUCGUCCUGUGAAAAUGUUAUGGAGUUCCUCAAAGGUUCCUUAGAAAGUUAAAGUUAAAAAGGACGAUUAGUACUGAAUACAAGCUGCACUUCCAUCACAUCACCCUCAAAACCCAACCAUGUCAUCCUGAACUCAAUUAAAAGAGACCUUAUAUUGUUAUUAUGACAUCUGUGUCUCGUAAUUAUGAGAUGGUUAUCCUGUAAUUGUGAGGUUUUUUUAUGAUUUUGAGUCAUAACUAUGAGAUAAUGCCUCCAAUUUGUUUUUCUUUGAUUAAUGCAAGGCCCUUCUGUAGAUGUUAAAUCAUAAGUAAGAGAUUUUACUAUUGUAUUUUCAACUUAAAUUAAUAUUUUUACUUAGGAAGUCAAAUCUUUUACAUAUCUCAUAAUUUGAAACAAGUAAGUCAAAUGCUGAUGUGUCAUAAGUUUGUCUCAUAAUCAAAAAGUUGUGUUUCACAAUUUAGAUGAAGAAAGUCCUUUACAUAUGUCACCUUUUUGUAUGUUUCAGGACUUUUUAGGGGUUCUUUAUUAGGGAGUCGACAGCAUAGAGAUGACUGGAAAUGAGGGGAGAGAGAUGGGGAACAAAGGUCUCCUGGCUGGACUCAAAGUUAACGUUUGUGGUCAGUUUAUUAAAAUUCCACUGAUUUAGCAUUGCACCCCAAAGCCAGUUUCAAAAUCGAUGCAGCAGACACAGACACCAAAAACUAGUGCCUGCUUUACCCAUAAUGCAACUCAACCCCAGACAGUUGUAUCAAAGAUACAAUGUGUUAUGCUAGUAGUUGCUAAUGAAGCCUUGAGCCUUUAACCUCAAGCGAACUACCGACAUCUGGCAAACUCACCUCUCUCUAACUCCCAGGUCAACAUUUUUGAAUGCCACCCACCAAAGUGGCUUGUAUGAGUGACUGCGUUACACGUUACUGCCUGAAUUCAACAAGCAUCUCGCAGGUGGGCGGGUGCUUAGGCCAAGACCUGGUCACACCCCCAGAUUUUUUUUAAUUUUCAAACUUUUAGUCUUCAGCCCCAACAGACCUCACUUGCUUCCUCGGGAUCCACAAACGGCUUUAUACGAUGUUUGUCACAUACGUAGUAGAAGAUCUACCAAGACCUGUGAAAAGACUUGGAGUUCCCCUUUAAACCCCAUCACCACCAGGGCAUUGCGUAUAUCAUCAUUUUGAGUUGGUGGCUUUUAAUCUUGAUUUACCAUCCAUUAUUUAUUUUUGUUGUUCCUGCAUUUGUUGUUCUUUUGAAGCAGAUGAAGAUCUAUAAAGUGUGAUUGAGAGAGAAGUCUGCAUAUUUAAAGUGAGGAGACGGCUCAUCAGUGAGUUUCAACACAACAUGUGGAGGGGUUGAACUCAGGUUGUCUCGUUCUUAAAGGAGGUGUCUGUGACCUCUGGGACUUCCUACUGUGUGUAGUCCACAUCUUUUGAUGUGUCACAGCAGAGUUUUCAGAUCAGAUGGUCAAAUGUAAAAAUAUUCAUCCUGAAUUUUUCAUAUGGUAUUCAAUCCUCAAAGCCAAUUUUUUUCCUCAAAAAACAGAUGUUUCAAAAUCUUCUUGCAGCGGUUAAAAUAAAAUCUGAGACUUCA